AAAACGAUCACUGGUUAAAACACAUUUCGAAAAUAUUAAAUCUCUUUGUAUUUUUAUUCUUUAACUUGAUAUUUUUUUGAUAUAACAUGCAUGCAAACAUCGAUAGUCAACUUCACUGUAAAGUGUCACACGAAAUGUCAAGCGGUGAUUUGAAAUGAUUCGAAAAAAUUCAAAAUGAUUUGAAACAUUUAAAAUUUACUCGCAAUAAUUCAAAGAGAUUUUUUUUUCGUAUAGAUUUGUUCUUUUGGAUUGCGUGUCUACCCACUAGAGUAGAUUGAAUAUAUAUUUUCAUUUGUUGGAGUGUUUUGGCUUUGAUUGAAUCGGUCGAUCGAUUUACUGCAACAACCAAGAGCAAAUGGCUACGAAUUUGAAUAAAAUGAAUGAAUAAAAAUGUCAUUGGAUGGUCACUGGUUAGGUUAGGCGAUAACUAAAAAGCAGGUUGAAUUGGCAUUGCACCCAUGUGCACAUUUUCCUGAAAUUAAACAGAGGUUAAUAAUGAUGUUUCGCUAGAAAUUAUAUUUGUUAAGUAAAAAAAGAAUGCAAAAAAAAAAAAUGCCAGAAAUAAAUGUGACUGUCCUCGGACGUCGUUGCACAUAUCAUCAUGAAGCUUGCUUCUGAUCAGCGUGUAAUCACAAUAUUGGAAGACGGUCGAUUCGGGCGGCAUUUGUAGAAACUUCAACAAAGAACCUGGUUCAAGUGGAUACGAAUGCAAAGAUCGUUCCUGAAACACCGAGCAGCGUGGAAAUUAAGACUGAAGCUCAAAAUAUGGAUUUCACCGAUGUUGCCAGCGAUAAUGGCUCGGUAAAUGGUCAGAAGCGUCGAUUCAUGCGUCAACCAAUUCCCAAGAAAAUUAAACGUUUGCGUCGCAAUCGUCGCCUUCGUAAAAUUCUAACACCGAAAAAUGCAUUGAUGUCAUUGCAUGAACUGCUCGGUAAUGGUUUAUCAGAGUUUUCGAUUUUGCCAGAAGAACGUGGAUUUGUUGCGUCAGUUUUUGUCAACAACAUUCAAUACGAAGGAAGAGGUUCUUCAAAAAUGGCAGCUAAAAAUGCAGCCUCAGAAAAGGCAUUGCGUGAUAUCAUAAUACAUCGCAUGAUUCAAUCACCAAAAUCUCAACAGCAAAAAAUUGGAGAUGCAGCUCAACCCGGCUCAGAACCAACUAGUAUUACUGAACAGUUGAACCAGGAUGUCGACAUGGUUGAUGGAGAAAAUGAUAGCGAUGAAAGUGAGGUGCCAAUGUUACAUUUGGCAUCGUUUGCACUUCACAAACUAUUCACCGAAUGGCAGGCGGAAGGAUUUGAGAUUCCAGACUUUAAAAUUGGUGCAACAUCGCCAAUUGAAAGUGUGGCUGUUGAGAAAAGCGACCGUGCUCCCGGAUCACCACCAAAACGAAUGCAACUUCCAGAAAAUGCAAAUACAAUGCAUCCAACAACACUUUUGUGCAUGAUGCGUCCAGUCACAAAGUACGUCGAUUUGGGAUCAGAAGGUCAAGUACCGAAUAUUUUACAUCGCGUUGGGGUCGAAGUUGACAGUCAACACUUCAUUGGGUCGGCCAAGAAUAAGAAGCUGGCUCGCAAGAAUGCCGCGAUUGAUGCUUGCAAUAAAUUAUUUGGAACGACCUUUGCUAAGGACGAAAACUAAGCACCUCUCAGAAGAGAUGGAGAUAAACUGGCUCAAAUAGCACACAAUUUUAUCUUUAAUUCCACACUUAUUGCAUUCAAGCUAUAUAUUACUAUACUCAAUUGUAUUCAAUACGUACCAAACUCUUGGUAUAACACUUUUCUGAAUUUAUUAGUAUAAAUUCACUUUCAAAAAAUUACAAUUUCAGCUCAAUCUUUAUCUCUGACAACAGAAAGUGCUUGCAUGUCAACUCCAUACAAUAUCAACCAAGCAAUUAUUGUACGAUUCCACAUUUUAUGUAUUUUGAUACACAAUAAAACGUAGUAGAUUUAUUGAAAAUCAACAAUAGCGGAAUAGUAUAGACUUUUGGUAUUUAGGGAUUUUAAACUUACCUUCAAUAAAAUAACCUGAAUUUUUGAGAUCCCACAUAAA